GGCAAAAAGUAGUGGGGUUGUCCGUUCUCCGAACUCAACUAAGGGGAUAUUCUUUUCGUGAACUAAAAGAAAUUUUUAAAGAAAAUCAAACCUUCGAAUUCGGUGUUCCUGCUAAUAGUCUAACGAUUAAAAAGGCACCAGAUUCCAACGAACGUUUUUAUUUAGAAUUAACCCAAGAAAUUUGGGAAAUUAAAAAAUUGUCUGAUAAGGGCAAGAGCAAAGAAACCACAGUUGAAGACGAAGAAUUUUCUAGCGAAGAUGAAAUCGAAGAAUUAUUUGAGGAUGUUUCAGAUAUUCGUCGCUUCGGAAACAUCAAUGAGUUAAGAAAAGAAUAUCAAAUUUCCUUGGAAAAUGAAGAAGUUUCAACCAACAAUCGAACAUUGAUUGAGAGAGGGGGAGAACAAAUUUUCGACUUAACUAAAAUUAACAAAUCUAGUAAUGAAAUUUUGGAUAAGUUUAUUUCUUUAACCAAAAGAGGGAAGGACUCGAGCUGGUUGCCAGUAGACGUUGGAAUGGAGAGAAUUAAAGCUUAUCUAAGUUUGUUGGAGGAAAAAAAACUAGAAGGUGAGAAAAAAUUAGAAGAACGGCAACAAAAGGUUAUUCAACAACUAACCAAAUCGCAAGAAGUGGUUCAAUCGCCUCCCUUUCUAUUUCCCUUCUUUUCCCGUUCCGAAAAAGGCCCAGAACUUUCAGACUCGGAAUUAAUCCGGGCACUUGGUGAGUGGGAAAGUGUCAAUGAUCACCAAAGAACUUUUUUCUCGGUUCUCUCCUCAAACCUCAUCGAUUUUUGUAAAACAUUUGGAGACCGAAUAUCCAAAUCCCAACUCAAAUUCAACCAACAAAUAACUAAUCUCCAAACCCAAUAUAUUCAAGAAAAACAAGAAUAUAAUCGAUUAAUUCAAGCGGGAGAACAGGCUUUAAAAAGGCAAGAGGGGAUAAUAGUCGAUAAGGAGAAAAGAAUAUUAGUUAUUGAGGAAAGAGGUGAGAGAGCAUUGAAAAUAGUUUCUAAUUUAUAA